AUGCUCGGCCUUCUUCUGCUGCUGCUGCUCUGCGGCCUGGGGUCUCAAGGCUUCCCAGCAAGGUCUUUAAAAAUGCCAAAGGAUGCUGAGCAGAUGGUCCAGCAAUACUUGGAGAACUACUAUGACCUGAAGAGUGUUGGGGAACAAAUUGGACUAAUUGGAAGGCAGAGAAGGGGUAGCCUCGUGGUUGAAAAACUGAAGCAAAUGCAAAAAUUCUUUGGGCUGAAAGUGACUGGGAAACCAGAUGCUGAAACCCUGAAGAUGAUGCAGCAGGCCAGAUGUGGGGUGCCGGAUGUGGCUGCAUAUGUCCUCACUGAGGGGAACCCUCGGUGGGAGCAAACACAGCUGACCUAUAGGAUUGAAAAUUACACACCAGAUUUGUCAAGAGCAGAUGUGGACCGUGCCAUUGAGAAAGCCUUUCAACUCUGGAGUGCUGUCACACCCCUAACUUUCUCCAAGGUCUCUAAGGGUCUAGCAGACAUAAUGAUAUCCUUUACCAGGGGAGAUCAUGGUGACAACAGUCCCUUUUAUGGACCUGAAGGCAACCUUGCUCAUGCUUUUCAGCCAGGCCCACAUAUUGGAGGGGAUAUUCACUUUGAUGAAGACGAAACAUGGACCAAUGAUCUCAGACAUUACAACUUGUUUUAUGUUGCUGCUCAUGAACUGGGCCAUUCUCUUGGACUCUCUCAUUCUAAUGAUAUUGGGGCUUUAAUGUACCCCAACUACAACGUCAAUUCCUAUGAUGAUAUUCAACUCUCCCAGGAUGACAUCAAUGGUAUCCAGGCUAUAUAUGGACCCUCUAAAAAUCCCAGCCAGCCAACGGGCCGCCAAACCCCACAAAUGUGUGAUAGUAAGCUAACCUUUGAUGCUAUCACUACUCUUCGAGGAGAAGUGAUGUUCCUCAAAGACAGGUUCUACAUGCGCCCAGGUUCUCACUACUCAGAACCUGAGCUCCAUUUCAUCAAUGUCUUCUGGCCAAAUCUGCCCAAUGGUCUUCAAGCUGCUUAUGAGUUUGCUGAUAGAGAUGAAAUCCGGUUUUUCAAAGGCAAUGAGUACUGGGCUGUUCAGGGGACGGAAAUGCUGCCCGGAUACCCCAGAAGCAUCCACAGAUCCUUUGGCUUCCCUAGAAGUGUGGAGAAUAUCGAUGCUGCUGUUUUUGAGGAAAAUACUGGGAAAACAUACUUCUUUGUUGCUGACAAAAUCUGGAGGUAUGAUGAAUACAAACAAUCCAUGGAUGCAGGUUAUCCCAAACAGAUAGCAGCUGACUUUCCUGGAAUUGGCAACCAAGUUGAUGCGGUUUUCCAAAAAGAUGGAUUUCUCUACUUUUUCCGUGGAAGGAGGCAGUACAAAUUUGAUCCUAGAACGAAGAGAGUUUUGACUCUCCUGAAACCUAACAGCUGGUUCAACUGUAGAUAA